GGUCCCCGGGCCCUAUUCGGCCAAAACGGCCGCGGCUUCCCCGCGCUGGGGACCCGCGCGCGACCGCCGCUGUGCCGUGCCAGAAAAGGCUCGCCUACCCCCCGGGACGGCGGAGGGGGGGCAGGCAGAAAGGAGCUCCUAUUCGCUUCUCAUUUACCCAGCGACAAAGUCUGACGUCGCCGCAUCAGGUCCCCAUCCUAAGCAGUUCUCUCCCAGAGGUUUGAUAUCCCGUCUUAGCUGGGGCUGGGCAGGUUCAUGGUGUGAUCCAAAGCUGAGCGUCACCGACACAGAGUGCUAGUUUAUAGCAAGAACUGACUCCGGGGUACUCUCCAGUUCCAUGCCUAUGAUGUAGUCAUCAGAGUUGCAAAGGAUUUCUUUAUAAAGUUCUAAAAUUGGAUUACGGUGAUGGUUGUACAACUCCAAAUAUACUAAAACCAUUGAACUUUCAACAGGCGACUUAUGGAACAAGAGGAUUCAUCUGACUUAACUGGAGAUGGCUCCCUUCCCCAUUUAUUGUUCCAUUCCUAAAGCUUCCCUCCUACCAGGCUCAGUGAGAGCAGAUGGGAAGAGGCACCCACCUCAGAGGAGCUCUGUGAAAAAAUUACUGAGACACUAAGAUGCUGUGAAUUGGGAAAGUUUGGGAACCUCAAGAUUAGAGCUAUACAAACUGUCUCAAAGGGCAAAGGUGGAUUUUAAUGGCUUAAGCUCAAUGGGGCAGCACUGCGCAUGUGCAAGACGCGAACCCACCUCUCCAGGAUGACCCCAGAACCUAGGAUCUUCAGUCCACAGAACUCAAAGAGUAGAAGUGUUGCCACCGGAGCCCUUUACGAAGCAAGAAGUCCUUCAAUAAGGAAAAUCUGGCCUCCUGCACCGAAACUCACCAUUUAACAGAUAUAGCAACAACCGUAAAUGCUAGGAUACAGGGACACAGAGGGAUAAAAAACAUGGUCCAUCCUUCAAGGAACCCAUAAUAAGCAAGGCUGUCUCCACUACUCCUCUGCUUAUGGGUGAAUGAAAAUGGCCACCCCAGCCCUGAUUGGACAACAUCCUUCAUUUCACACGUCAGCAAUCAUGUAUUGCACAGCGAUGUACAGCUAUCAAGUACCACUUUUCUCAGCCGAUACGCUUACGAAACAUUCCUUUCAAUUUGACCAAGACAAUCCAGCAAGAUGAAUGGCACCUGCUUCAUUAGAUUUAAGAAGAAUCACUGCUGGCUUCCUGGGCAUGGCUGUGGCCGUCCUGCUCUGUGGCUGCAUUGUGGCCAUGGUCAGCUUCUUCUGGGAGGAAAGCCUGACCCAGCACGUGGCCGGACUCCUUUUCCUCAUGACAGGAAUAUUUUGCACCAUUUCCCUCUGCACUUACGCCGCCAGCAUCUCCUAUGAUCUGAACCGGGUCCCGAAGCUCAUUUAUAGCCUGCCUGAUGAUGUGGAACACGGCUACAGCUGGUCUAUCUUUUGUGCCUGGUGCAGUUUAGGCUUUAUCGUGGCAGCUGGAGGUCUCUGCAUCGCUUACCCAUUUAUUAGCCGGACCAAGAUUGCACAUCUAAAGUCUGGCAGGGACUCCACGGUAUGACUGUCCAUACUCAAGUCCACUGCUUGGUGGCCCGUCCACAGUGCGGACGAACCUUGAAGGGGACGGAGCAGAGCCUGAGUCAGGAUCCCAAGCACAAAAUCGGUCUUGUACAUUCCAGCCUGUUGCCUGCCAGCCCCUUCUGGAUGACUGAUGUCAAAUCAUGCAGAACCUCCAUCCUUUCUAAGGACAAGACUACUGUGGAUUCAAGUGCUUUAAUGACUAUUUAUGCUUUGACGGCGAGGAGUAGGGAGCAGAGCCGUGGAACAUUUCUGGGUUCAGAAAAAGAGGAAACCGCAAUGGAAAAAUUUGUAUGAUUGCCAUUUAUUUCAGAGAGUUUGUACAUAACAAUUACCCGAGAGUCAUUUCUAUUUGCAAAAGGAUUCAUGACAAAGCGAGUAUAAUUUUCUUGUCAUUGUACCAUGCUUGUUAAAUUUAAUGCAGCACCUUCAGAACUUGUCCUAAUGGUGUCUUGUUGUGUCAGCACCAAACAUUUGUGCAUUAUUUGUGGAUGUUUUUUGUCACAGGGAGAUUCUUCUGUUGCCUUAUUUAUUUUUAAUUGAAGUCUCUUCUCCAUCUUUGUACUGGAAUCAAAAUCAUAAGAGAAACAGAUCAACCCUGGAAGAGCUAACCUGUAAUGCUAUGCAGUAUUGUGGGAAGUCAUAUCUGUCGUUCGACCUGUCUCUUUACGUUAACUGGAUUUCUGCAUUAAAUGACUGCCCCCUUGUUAA